CGACCUAGAGGCGGCGGACAUGCGGUGAAGAAGAAGUGGAAUCGCCUCGAGAAAAGGAAUCACUCACCGGAACCCUUUCGACAUUCCCCACUGGUCGUACCUGAAAGAUAUGGCUUUCACACCUUUCUCCAAUGGGAACUCCAACUUCUUCUUGUCCGUCUCCAACGUCAUCACUAUUUCAUCGAGAGAACAAUGUCGAAGUGGGAAUUGGGGUGUCUUUCGAAGCGCUCGUGAGAGGGCCAGCUGGAGAGUGGACGGUGAGGCGUACAUGGUGAAAGCAGGGGGGAAGCCAGGUCCCAAGGCGAUUGACUACGAAGCUUUUCAAAGGUCUCAAAGAUCUGCCUGCCUGUCACCUAUUACAGCAGGGAUGCGGUUCGAAUCGAUACCAAACUCGCAUGAACUUGCAGGGCAUUUCAAACCUACGAGCAGGCGACAGGAAGAAGUCGAAAAAUCCCCGGUUUGUCAUGACGUGGCAUUUAGUCCCAAAAGGAUCGGGAGAUGCGGCGCCGGAGCUUCCCGUUUUGACACGUGCUACAUAGAAAGCAGCUCUAGCUGCUCUAGGGGCUUCCCGCACAGAUUUCUGUCUCGGUCCCAUCAUUUAUCUCUGCCAACUUUGUUCUCUAUCGCUGGAAAUCCUCCUGCAAGCUACCAGGGAGACACACACCGCAUUUUUGGGAUCGAUUCCUCACAAAUUCUCAAUCCAAAGAUCUAUCUUGGAACAUUAUUGAAUCAAAUAACAGGAAGAAACGCUUGCUCCUACUACAGCCCAAUACCGCUCUCCACACUGCCAGCCAGCCAAUCAUGAGCUCAACGAACAAUGAAAAGGAUGCCGAAUCGGGUGUACCCCUCAUGGCCAUGCCUAGAGCUUCAGACGUCGAGAAAGACCUGAGUGGAGCUCACGCUGAAGUCAAGUGAGUUGUGUAAGACACUCGACAGCGCACAUAGUCGUAUCCUC